UUGUUGUUUCCAAGGACCGCACAAAGUCUUGACCACCAAUUGACCAUGUUGGCACUGCGUCGCCUUGUUUUGCUGCGUCCUGGGGUGCGUCGCGCGCUGCUAUCGACCGCCAGUGCCACCGAUGGCAACAACUUCAAGUUCGAGUCGCUGGUGCUAGAUGAGGAUCAGCUGCUACCAUCGCCCGUUGUGACGCAGCGCGUGCUCGAGUAUCUUCAGGUGGAUACCAAGGACAUCGAGCGAGUCCUCUCGACGGAGGAGAUGCGGCCGCUACCAUACAAGACGUUAUUCGCCCCGAAACUGGUGCACAAGCUCACGCCACUGGUGCGCUGGGGCUUCCAGCAGCUCGAGGGCGAUUCCCAGGCGGCCGACGCCGUGUUCGCGGCGCUAGGGCCUCACGCCAACAUGGCCAGGGGCGCUGUGUGGCGGCAGUAUUUCCAGCGUCAAUUCUUCUUAUCCGGCUCCCCGGUCCGGGCUUAUCUACGAGCCUACAAGAGCCACAGAGACGCCCUUGACGCUUCUAAAGCUCCGGUUACAGCGGAGGAGCAAGAACCUGAUGACGACGAAGACGACGACGAGGGGGGUGGCGAGGACGACGAGCAGACAGAUUCCGCCAAGAAUAAGCAGGCCACACCUAGCUGGAAGAAGGAAAUCUCAAGCAAGAACAAGGCGGUGGCCAUUCUGGCCGAGAAGAAGGAGUGGGAGUGGGUCCCACUGCACGUGGCGGCUAGUAUUGUCAAGGAGUUCUGUUUCCGCGGGCGCUUCGCCGAGGCCAUUGAGGCUUACGCUUCACUGCCUUUGACAGACAUGGUGCGUCGGGACGUGGUGGCAAUUCUGCAGGACUAUGAGCAAUACCAGUCUGUUCUGUAUCUCUACGAGGUGCAUCGCGCAAUGGGUAGUGCCGUGAAGCCGCUAGAUGUCGCGCCGGAGCUCGACGCACUCAAGAAGCUGGGUCGUAUGGAGGAAAUGGAUAUGCGAUUCCAGGAGCUGCCAGCCAAGGAGCAGAGUCGUGCAGACGUUCAGAAGCUUAUGGACAAUUGAACAAAGGCAUUGUGAUAGAAACUCACACAACUCUUCCUCGUUACCUCGUUAUAGAAAUCAAAAACGUCGGGGAAUUCUACCUCCUAGACAUCCGACACUAUUUCACAAGUAUACCGAUGCUCUUACAAGACGGUGGUGUUGUGGUUGGUCGCGGUCAUAAGGACCGAGUGGUCUGUGGGGCCAUCGCGCAUGGUGUUGAGGACGGGCGUCUUGUUGUCCAUCUCGUCGAACGCCUGCUUCUUCUUCCGGAUCACCACGAUGGCGGCCACGGCGAUCAUACCCACAGCUGCACCGAUGCACACAACAACAUAGGCAGUGCUUCCAGAGCUGCCCUCAGAGGAUUGCGUGUUGGCCUGCUGGACUGCUCCAUUGUCAUUGCUCGUCUGCAUGACCGACGAAGGAGUGGUCUGUACACCUCCCUUCUCGUACGAAGCAGGCGCGGGGGUGACGCUAACCUGCGUGGUGGGCUUACUGCCUGGCUCAUUGUCAACAUCACUGCCGGACUUGUCGCCCACAUCCACGCCACUGGAGCCGGAGGUCUCGUUGUGAGCACCGACCUGGCCAACAAAGUCGUUCCACUGGCUGGCACCGGCAUCGUCAUCAUCCGUAGCAGAAACACUCGAAGCCGACGGCGCCUUAGUGGGAGGCAUUGUGGGUGUUUCGGUUGGAGGAAGCGUGGGCGCUUCAGUGGGAGGAAGCGUUGGAGCUUCAGUAGGAGGAGGCGUAGGAGCUUCGGUCGGUGGUUGAGUAAGAGCUUCGGUGGGCGGUUGAGUAGGGGCCUCGGUCGGUGGCUGAGUAGGAGCCUCCGUAGGGGGCUGCGUCGGUGCUUCUGUCGGAGCUUGGGUGGGCGUGGCCGUCGUGGGUGUCGGUGCAGUGUACUGCUGCACAGUGUUCUGGGCCUCGUUUCCAACCUGGUUGACGGUCUGGUCAACCGUCUGCGUCGCACCCGAGGACCCACCUGGGCAGAACGUCACGGUGAAGUCAACCGAGCUGGGGCAGGAGUGCGUCUUAGUGUCGUCCGCCGGGUACUGGUAGGCGUCAUUGCAACCAUUCUCCAUGCACGUGAGUGACACACAGCGACUGCCGUCCGGCUGGCUUGGCUCGAUGUUCAUGGCGACGUUGAAGCCGACACCACCCGUGACAUCCAUGCAUUCCUCCAGACUACCACAGUUGCCGGGGCCCUGCUUCUCACCCGUUGGGAUAAUACUGAUGUCGUACCAAGCAGCAUUGUUGUCAGCCGAAAACUCAGCCAGCGUUGCCUGGCCGCCCGUGCCCUUGCGGUACACGUAGGCACCGCCAGGGGAGACCGUGCGCGUGCUGGAGCCGCCAGGUUGGAGCUUCUCCGUAGUCUUGGAGUCGAACACGUCGAUGGAUUCGGAGCAGGAGUUCACGAGGGUGACCUCAAAGGCCUGAGCCUGGGCAAAUAGACCAAGGGCCACAGCCACCACGGCACUCAUGGAAGAGUGCCAAACCAUGUUUUUCAGGAUGUACUUUUCAGUUGGAAUGUAAUACGCGGAGGCUGCGAAGACCUUCCGUGUGCUUCUCUCUCUGUCGGUAAAACGUAGAGUGGGGGACUAACCAUCAUGAGCAAACGCGCUUGAGCCUCGAGAUGCGGGAAGGCAGGGUGCAAUUGGUGCCUCCCCAUUGUAGUGUCGGAACGGCAUGAUAAGUUCCUCUACAAUACCAGUAGUCAAAUUGAGUCAAAAAUUGGACAGCAAACCAUCUCCCGAGAUAAUCUCGGGCACAGCAAAGCCAUCGAACUGCAAGAUAAACGCGUUAUCGUCCUUUUGUGCUGUGCGAGAGCUCUUCGAGACGGGCGUGUCCUUACAAUCAGCAUGCAGACUCUUCUCUCCACCGAAGAGAGUACGUAAAGGUCGAAACCUGUGGCCGUUUGCAUCGUGAAGUAAAGGGAUCCCUUCGGGGG